UUUUUUUUCAUUUUGGCUUUGUGCGACUUGUGACUUUUUUCAGUGAGUAAUAGUGUAUCAAAUGUCUCAAACUAAAAACUAGAACCUGUUUUUUUACUUCAUUGUAAGUAAUGUUCAUUCGAAUGCAUAACCUUUCGCAUACCGUAUCACACAAAGGCGGACUCCCUUUGUGUGAUCGCAUAACAUUUGAAAAACGUUGAAUUUCCCAGCCACUAUGCUGCAGUCAAAUUUCCUUUCGAUGUCUGCACGUUUCCUAGCCAGUGCCAAAGCCAUGAGCAGAGGCAAGCAGGUGAAAUAUCCUGUCACUGGGAUGAGUAUGAACCCUCUUGCUAUCUACGUGAAAGAGCAUUUUGCGAAAAACUCGGCGAAAAGUAUUGAGGAGGGUCAAAAGGCAAUGAAAGAAGUGGUUGCUUCCUGGAAAGCACUGAAUUCUGCCGAAAAGAAGAAGUACGAAGAACUCUCCAAGAAAUAUCGCGAGGAGAAAAUGCAUGAGUUCGAUGCGUUGUCGGACGAAGAAAAGCAAGAGAGAAUCUCUGCAUCCUUGGAGGAGAAGGAAGAAAGAGCCAAAAGAAGAGCGAGAAAGGAGAGGAAGGAGGACUGGGAGAAAACGGGUCAUCCUGAGCGACCACCAUCUGCUUACAAUCUUUUUGUGCAAGAGAAAUUCACAGAUUUGAAGAAUAAAGGGGAAGUUGUUACCCCUGUCGUAAAGACAAUGCAACGUCUCAGCGCCGAGUGGAAAGGGAUGAGUGAUUCUGCUAAACAGCCUUAUCUCACAAAGGCCACAAGAUUGGCCAAUCAUUACAAAGCCGAAGUGGAGGCAUGGAAAGCAAAGGUGAAGCCAGAAAAAGGAGAGCCGCAAAAGUUUUCAAAUUCAGGCAUUGAUUACGGCGAUCAACUUAAAGAGUUGAAGUGCGUCUGCGCAAUCGUUUACGCUUUUACCACCUGUUUUACAAUCUUACAACAGCUUUAUAUUGGGCACCUUAGAACGCGUGAUUGCCUUGUAAUCAGCCUUGAGAAAAGGAUGUGAAGGCAAGGUUACCUGGCAGAGAUUCAGUAAUGAUAAUUCUUCGAGACUCUCCUAUUUGAAUUUCCUUGUAAACAGGUGCGCAGGUUGGUCCAUUUCCACUUCUCAUAUAUCUGGCUACAGUUCUUAUAGAUGUGUUUUGUUUUGAUGUUUUUUAACUGACAUUUGUACAUAAUUUUCACUUAGUAUCACUUCUACUUCGCUUCCUAGCCUUUUACAUGGAAUAAACGUAUGUUUUCUCA